GGCAACUAUGUAAAUAACAUUUGACACUUGAUAUUUUUGGUUUGUUUUGACGUUUUUAGUGUACUUUAAACUAAUUUUUAAUUAGCAAGUAAAUUAAUAAUUAUGAACAUUAAUUUUCGUAAUAGAUUAUAAAGAGAUGCACUAAACUAUGUAUGCGUAGAUAUAUUUUAAAAUUAACUGUGUUUAUAGCUUCGUAUAUCGAAUUUGUUUGAAAUUUCUACAGGAGACAAUAAUGGCAGAUAAUCUAGUGCUAGAUUGGCUGGAUGAAUUCGAAGCAUUAACAGAAAGUGAAAUUCACACGUAUUCUACAGAACAAGAACAUAAUCAUGAAGUUAUGAUAGCACUGUACCACGUUUUAUCUGAACCACAAAAAUACAAGUCUGAUCAUCUAAUUGAUGGAAUUUGCCAACAGUUGCUAAAUUUUUAUAGAUCCGGGGAGGCUCAUUUAAGAAGAUUUACUAUACAGUUUAUUCCUACUUUGGUCUUUUUACAUCUUUCAGAUAAAUCUUAUUCUGCUAUCCAAACUUUAUUAGUGAGUUUAUACAAUUUAGAAGUAAUCGAUUCAAAAGGUCAACCUAGAACUGUUUCCUUUCGAAUCCCUAGUAUCGCCCAAUCUUCAAUAUACCACGAUUCCAGUAAUUUAGAACCAGCUUUCAUAGCUGAAAAUUCCUUGAGAAGAUGGGAGGAAUGUAAUACGAAAUUAGUUAGUUGGGGUCCUCUACCUCAAGUGGAUUGUCUCAACGCCCAGAAUAGACAAAGAGUCGUUACGGCUCUAAUUUUCCUAUACAAUCAACAAAUAUCCAACGUUAUCAUCCAAGGUGUAGAGCAAACUUGUAGAGGAAUAUCCAGGUUAGUAUCCCAAGGAUUUAACAACACUUCGGAAAGCAAUAGAAGUUCCUUAGCCAGUGAUAGUAGUAUACAAACAAGUUUAAGACCAAGAAUACCGGUUUCUAGUCCUUUAUUAGUUGAAUUGCUUCAUAUUAUUUACCAUGCAGCUGAACGAUGUGCCGUUGGGGCUGUUCAAGCCCUCCACGACGUUAUACAUAGAGCUAAAUAUGAAUCAUAUGCAGAGGUGUUGUUAGCUGCUAAUGCGAUUAAAAAUCUCCUCCAAAACUCGCCUUCGAUAAGUGGAGUUACCCCAAGACCGUCUCAUACCCACAGUGUGUCAAAAUCUAUGAUAACAAAUGCGUCGUUUAGAACGAAAAAACUUCCAGAUGACAUUCCCAUCCAAGACCCCAAUCAGACCGUACUAGGCGAAGCCGGUUUGGAUUCGAUAACCGAAGAACAAGAAGAUACGGAAAAAUCGAAAAGUAAAGGGGCCCUGAAGCAUUUACCGAAGAUACCAGGCAUCGGUAAGAAGCACAAAGUGAAAAAUAAUCCGCAAGGGGAUCAGAUCGAUAGCGGAGAUGCCCAUAACGAAAAUUUUAUGAAUGAUACUAACCAUUCUGUUCACGUUAGCGCCGUUUAACUAUAUAUAAAUAUUAAUAACAAUGCUCUAGAUUCGAAGAAAGGUUUUAAUAUUUUCAUAUUACGAUAAGUGGAAAUUUUUAGGGUCUGAUAUGAAGAAAGACGCAUCGACGAAUACUAUUGGAUCAGAGAGAGAAAUAACUGGAAGGAUUUUCUAGUAUAAGUACGGUGAGUCGAUUAAAUUUAUAUUAAAUCACAUUUUUAUGUAUUUAAAACAUUAAGUCAAGUAAUUGUUAUGAAACAAAAAUGUUUUGGUUAAAAUAUAUGUUGGACAAACAAGUAGAUUGUUUAAAUAAAGUAUUAACGUACAUAUAUAAUACUGGGAAAUCGAUUUUGGGGGAAAUUGUAUUUUUAACGGAAAAUGCAAGUAGAAAAACUAUUUUUUUUUUUUAAUAUAAACUGAAAGUAUUAUUCAAUAUUUUUGUGGUAUUAAUGAAACUAUUGUCAUUUUUUAAAUACCUAUAGAAAAUAAUAGUAUUAUUCAACAAUAAUAAAAAUCUAGAAGUUAAUUUAGCCACCGAUUUAAAAUUUUAUAAACAAAUCAAAAACUUGUUCGUAAAAUGAAAAAAUGUGUCAACGAAAAGCUUUUGGAUAUAAAAAGCAAAGUAUGUGGAUGAAAAAUAUCGUUUUUCAAGUUUUUCUUUGAUCAUUUUUCGCCUUAUUAUACCAUGCAGUUGAUAAUUUAUGAUAUUGCAAUACUAAUUUUAAUAGUUGGCUAUUACCUUCUACAUAGCAAUCGUUUAUAAUUAAAAAAAUCAAAAUUAUUAGUAAUUUGUUAUUUUUUUUUGUAUUAAAACCUUUCUUCUAAUUAAUGGGGUGGUAGAAAUACUUAUUUUUUCUAUAAAAGUGUACCUCUUUUCAAAAUUUUGAAUGUUCCCAUUUAUAUUAAUCGAAUUAUGGAUAUUCGAAAUGUUUUAAUGAAUUUUUAUCUUAUUUAUUUUACAUUGAUGUGAUUUUUAAAAAUUUAUUAAAUCAAUCGUUAAUUUAUUAAUAUUUCUUGGUAGAAAGUAUUAUUUAUACUUUUUGGAACAUACUAUAUAUAAAUAAACAUAAAUUUAUUUAUUUUCUCACCUUUUAGACCUUUUUAGCAUUAUUUUUUGUUAUUAAAUGUGAUUUUAGAUCUAUUUUAUUAAAUAGUGUGUCUUUUUUGAAUUAAUAAUGAUUUUUGAACUUUAAGAUAAUUAUAGUAAAAGCAAAAACAUUCUAUUUAUUAAAAUUAAUGUGAAAUCAAAAACGUUUUUUCAAUAAAAUUGAAAAUUAUACAUAAAAUUAUUUAUGAAUAUACUGUUACAUUUUUUUUCUUCGAGAAUUGUGCCUAUAUACUUAAAUUUUCCUAAAAAUAAUUCGGGUUUAUUCAAUUUUAAUUAAUUUAAUCGUUUUAUGAUAUUCUAUCAAAGUUCUAGUCAAAAAUAACCGAUUUUCAAAUAGUGGGACAUUUGAACUACUCACCUCGUUUGAACUACUUACCUUGUUUUGAAUAUUUUAUAAUGAUAUAACAUUAAAACAAAUUAAUUUUUUUCUUUAAUAUUUGUUAUAUAAAAAGAAAAUUUGAUUAAUUUCAAUUCGAUUACUAAGCAUUAUAAUGACUAGUUAGAUUUCCAUAAUUGAAUAUAUCAUUAUAAUAUUUCCUAAAAACGUUACUAUUCAUUGAUUUUCCAUUUUUUCCUGUGCAAUUUUUAACAAAAAUUUCGAUUUCUUUUCGUUAGUUCGAAUUUUUCAGUACUAACACCUCAACUAACGAUCACAGCAUCUAAAAACGUAUAAUUGUGUAUCUCACCUUUUUUUCAUUAAUUUUUAUUACAUUAUAUUACUGAAUUUUCCAAAUAUUUUAUACAAAUCUAAUUUUUCUUCAGCUUUUUUUAAAACUUUCCUAAUAAUUUUGUUUUAACGAAUGAGUCAUUGAUAUAUUAUGAAGUUGAAUUAUUUUCUUCUUUUUCUUGUAAAACUAUAAAGCCUUGUUAGGUUAUAUAUUCAUCUAUUUAUUAGGAAACGUCCUUACUGUCAAAUUAAAUUUCAAUAACAAAGUUUUAUUUUUCAAUAAAUCAUCAAUAAUUUAUUUUUUUUUAAAAGUGUAAUUAAAAAUUUGGGAAGGAAAUUUCGAAAAUAAAAACGAGUUUAUUAAUCAAAAACGGUAUAAUUCGUAAAAGUAACUGAUGACAUUUUUUAUAAGACAGAAGUAAAAGACGUCAUUAUUUUCAUAUAUACGAGGUUAGUUCGAAUAAUACAGUAAUUAAAUGCACUUAUUUAGAAUAUUAAUAACAAAAAUAAAUGUUUAGCAAACUUUAUUUAUAAUUUAUACGAAAUAACUCGAUUGGAUAAAAAAAUUCGAAAGUUUAUGUUAAUUAAAAUACAUUUUGACUAAUGUGUAUUUGUAAAUUGUAAAAUAGUCUUAGGUGUUUGUUAUUAAUAUAUUGGUGUAUAGCCAUGGUUAUGGGCGAGAUCUGUUGUAUCGUUGAAUAAAACAUCCUUUGAAUGA